AUGAUAGUGAACUUAAUUCUGAUCAUUUCUCUCCUUAUCUGCCCAAUCAAUGGCAUUAUCAUAAGCCAAGUUCAUCGAUCUUCACUCUAUCAAGCCAAUUCUUCUUGUCCUUUUCUGUCAAAUGUCACUUUAGCAGGUGAUGCAUCGAUUCAAUCUUGUAUUUGGGAAUGUGCUCAUCAAGAUCAAUGUCGAACAGCUGUUUAUUUUCAUGACAAUCGAACUUGUUUGAUGUUUAGUGACGAUUGUCAAUCUGGUAAUAUAACAUCAUCCGGAGAUGUUCGAGCGAGUGUGAUCUGUUAUCGAAGAAAUCAAGGUCAGUUGAUUGUUGUGAUGACAUUGUUAUCAUUGAUCUUCUGUUUAGGACCGAAUAAUCAAUGUUCACCUCCAGCACCGCAAAAUGUCUCUUGUGAAUAUUCAUGUUUAAAUACAACAAUAUCAAGAAUAUCAACAGUUGCAUUUUACACAUUUGAUAAUAACACAUUCGAUACUGUCGGGAAUUAUUCACUGAACGGAAAUUUUACGCCAAGUUACAUACCUGGAUGGAUUGGUUCAGCUAUUAAUUUCACAUAUAAUAAUUCAAAGUAUCUUUCAACUGAAACACACAUUCCCUUGGAUAAUCGUUCAUUUACGAUUGAUUUGUGGUUUUAUGUCACUGAUCUUACAAGUUUUAAAGAUCUUCAGUUUGGAGGUGAAUACCAAUCAUCAACAACAGAUGAAUGUUUAUUUCUCAAUGUUCGUUUCAAACUUCUUCGCAUAGGAUUUUAUGAUCAUGACACAUAUGCCACUACAAAUUUAUCAAUAAAUCGAUGGUAUCAUGUAACAUUUGUGUACGAUUCAACAGUGAAACAACAACUGAUUUACUUGAAUGGUGUCUUAGACGGGAAUGGAACUGUGGGUAAUAAUUUUCUUGGAACAACAGGAUCAUUUACAAUUGGAGGUGGUCAGAUUGGUGGAGAUGCAUCACAGUUUGUUUAUUAUUCUGGUUCUAUUGAUCAUUUUGGAAUCAGUUAUCGAGUUAAAAGUCCCUGUGAAAUCUACUUAAAUGCAAUACUUUUCUGUUAUUUCCAGUUCGAAUCCUUCUCACCUUUGAUUGAUUCAGGACCAAAUCUAAUCAAUGCCAUCAAUUCAAAUGGAAUCCAAACAACUGGACGAGUAAAUCAAGGAAUACAAUUCUCAUCUUCAUUGUCAUAUGUGACAAUUGAAGGAGUUAAUUUUUUCAAUAUGUUGAAUUCUCCAUUCACAAUCUCCAUGUGGAUUAAACCAUUGAGUUUUACUGGUGCUGGUGUUGGUGCUGGUGCUGGUGCUGCUGGUGCUGCUGGUGUUGGUGUUGGUGUUGGUGUUGGUGUUGGUGUUGGUGCUGGUGCUGGUGCUGCUGGUGUUGGUGUUGGUGCUGGUGCUGGUGCUGGUGCUGCUGGUGUUGGUGCUGGUGGAACAUUUCUUCACACAUCAACUCAAUCUGAUGGUUUGGGUGUUUGUUUUUCCUUGUGGGGAUUUUCUUUGAAUGGUUCAUUGAUUGUGAACUUCAUUGAUUCAUCAAAUCAGCUCACAUCAAUGAUGAUUUCAAAUUCAUUUCCGUUGAAUCAAUGGACUCAUCUUCUUCAAAGAUAUGAUCCAUCAAGUGGAACCGACUUCCAUAUAAAUGGAACUCUGAUCAUGUCAAAUGCAUCACUAUCAACACGUUCGCCCGUUGGAUCUUAUGUUUUUCUUGGUUCCUCACCGACGAAUGCAACUUCUUGUCAAAGAGGAUCGAUCGGAAUGGGACAAUUUGUCGGUGCUAUUGAUGAAUUCUACAUUUUCAGUCAAGCAAUAACACCGAAUGAUAUUUGUCUUUUAUCAAAUCCUUAA